AUGGUUGUUUUUGACGGCCACGAGUACCUCACCGAGGAAGAGCGCCGCCUCAAGGAUGAUCGCGAGCGCCAGCGCUACUGGAAGAAAUGGGGUCCCUACGUCGCUGAACGACAGUGGGCUACCGUUCGGGAGGAUUACAGCCACGAUGGUGAUGCCUGGAGUCACUUCCCACACGAACAUGCCCGGUCGCGAGCCUUUCGCUGGGGCGAAGACGGCAUUGCCGGUGUAUCUGAUACUCACGGCUGGCAGAAUAUUGGAUUCAGUUUCUGGAACGAGAAAGAUGAAUUCUUGAAGGAACGCCUUUUUGGUCUCUCCAACCCUCAGGGUAACCACGGCGAGAGCGUCAAAGAAGCCCAUUUUCAUCUGGACAACACACCUACUCAUUCGUACAUGAAGUUCCUAUACAAGUACCCCCAAAAAGCCUUUCCCUACGAAGAUCUCGUCAAGGAAAAUGCGAAGCGAUCGAAAGAAGACAAGGAAUACCAAAUCAUCGAUACUGGCGUAUUCGACGAAGAUCGCUACUGGGACAUUUUUAUUGAGACGGCAAAAGAAGAAAAUGACCCCGACGAACUCCUCUUCCGAGUAACAGCAUGGAAUCGUGGCCCCGAUCCUGCGCCGCUUCACAUUGUUCCCCAAGUCUGGUUCCGUAACACAUGGGCCUGGGGUAUUGAACCCCCGGAGAAGAAGCCCACUAUGUCUGCCAAUUCUGAGCUUUCUGCCUCCUCCAACCAUUGGAGCCUCGGCCAAAGACAUCUCACGCUCUCUCCCUCUCCCGGUGUUGGCUCGACCGGCGAGGAUGUUCUGCCAGAGCUGCUGUUCACCGAGAAUGACACCAACACCAAGGUCUUGUAUGAGCAGAAGAACACACAGCCGUACGUAAAGGAUGGCUUUCAUCGCUAUAUCGUCAACGAGGAGAAGGACGCCGUCAAUCCCGCGCGAACCGGUACAAAAUGUGCUGCCUGGUACAGUUUCAAUGAAGAUGGUGGCGUGAACCCCGGUGAAUGUGCAGUUGUUCGCUUCCGUUUUUCCAAGAAAGAACAGAGCUAUCUCGACGAAGAGGAAUUCGACAAUGUGAUCGAGAAGCGCAAAGAGGAGGCCGACGAGUUCUACUACCGCCUGAGCCCCAUGCCCAUGACCGACGACUUGCGAAGUGUUCAGCGACAGGCGUUUUCCGGCAUGAUGUGGACAAAGCAGCACUAUCUCUUUAUUUGGGAUCAAUGGGCUAACGGUGAUCCUGCAACGCCCGCUCCCCCACCGGACAGGCGAUCAAUCCGCAACACACAGUGGCGUCACAUGUAUUGCGACGAUAUCUUGUCAAUGCCUGACUCAUGGGAAUACCCAUUCUUCGCCGCCUGGGAUAGUGCCUUUCACUGUAUACCCUUGGCCAUGAUAGAUCCUGACUUUGCCAAGAAACAGCUCGACUUGUUUACCAGAGAAUGGUACUGCCAUCCCAAUGGCCAGCUGCCAGCCUACGAGUGGAAUUUUAGUGAUGUAAACCCUCCCGUCCAUGCCUGGGCCACGUUCCGCACGUUCAAGAUUGAGCGAAAAUUAUAUGGUCGCCAGGACUUGGACUUCUUGGAGCGUGUAUUCCAAAAACUGCUGCUCAACUUUACCUGGUGGGUAAACCGGAAAGACACAGACGGCAAAAACGUAUUUGAAGGUGGCUUCCUUGGUCUCGACAACAUCGGUCUUUUCAACCGUUCAGAGCCCCUUCCUACGGGUGGUGUGCUGGAGCAAGCAGACAGCACAGGCUGGAUGGCAUUCUACUGUCUGUCCAUGCUUAACAUUGCGCUCGAGCUGGCCAAGCACCGCCGUAUCUACGAGGACAUUGCGUCGAAAUUCUUUGAGCAUUUCAUCCUUAUCAGUGACGCCAUGACUUUCAGAGAAGGCAACAAGGAAGAGCAGUCGCUGUGGAACGACGAAGAUGGCUUCUACUACGACGCCAUCAACUGGGGUGGGCCGCACAUUCAGCAGCUGCCCGUGCGCUCGCUGGUUGGGCUCAUUCCCUUGUAUGCCACGACCACUUUGGAGCCGGAACUUAUGAACAAGCUGCCGUCGUUCCGUAAGCGUGUCGAAUGGUUCAUUCACAACCGACCGGAUACCGCCGAGCGCAACAUGGCGAGCAUUAGAAAGCGAGGUAAAGGAAAUAGAAUCCUUCUGUCAAUUGUCAGCAAGGACCGCCUGGAAAAGAUCCUGAAGCGCAUGUUGGACGAAGAUGAAUUCUUCAGCGACCACGGCAUCCGGUCUUUGUCCAAAUUUCACAAGGACCAUCCAUUCUCCAUGGACGUCAAUGGACAAGUUUUCAAGGUCGGGUACGUCCCUGGCGACUCCGACAGUGGUUUGUUUGGAGGCAACAGCAACUGGAGAGGACCUAUCUGGCUGUGCGUCAACUUCCUCUUGGUGGAGUCGCUACAGAGGUUUUACCUAUUCUACGGACCGGAAUUCCAAGUCGAAUGCCCGACUGGCAGCGGCGACUACAUGCAUCUUGGCAAGGUAUCGGAGGAGGUUCAGCACCGGCUGCAGCAUUUGUUUGCUCGUACGGACGAUGGAAGAAGAAGUGUUAAUGCUGGAAAUGACAUGCUCGACUUUGACGAAAACUGGAAAGACUAUCUGUGGUUCCACGAGUUCUUCGACGGCGACACUGGGCGUGGACUCGGUGCCAGCCACCAGACAGGCUGGACUGGACUGAUUGCCAGAAUGAUUCACGACACUGGUGUCAGCUGUCGUCUCCCGCAGACGCCGCGCACGCCGUCCAUCGGCAUGGCACACUACUUUGACGACAUGUUUCAGCGCAGCGUCGAGGUCGGCGUUCCGCAUUCGCCCCAAAUGCACCGCAUCCGCCGCUCCUCCACAGCGCGCUCCAUCGGCGCCCGCAGCGACUUUGUCCUCGACGACAAUGACGACGUUCGCUCCGACGGCGCGUCCGUCUCCGACGGCAUCGUCCUAACUCACGGUGCCAGCCGCGAAAAGACCGAGGCUGAUGCCCACAUGCACGCCUACAUCUCGGACCAGCUCAGCCGCUACAAGGAUGACAUGAGCUCGGACCGCUUCUCGCACGCCGACGAGUUUGAGACGACUGCCAACGGCGGCAACAGGAACAGCAGUGUCAACGGAGGCAACAGGAACGACAAUGCCAACGGAGGCAACAGGAACGACAGUGCCAGCGGAGGUGGCCAUUAA